AGAAAUAAACACAAUUACAAAUAAGACUUUUCUUUUUUACAGACUCAGAGUAAAAAUUAAUUAAAAUUUGUUGAAAAUUACACGAAAUCUAAGUAACUUUUGGAAUCGACGAAACAAUACAGUAUAAAUUAACUCUUUGAAUAAAACCUAAAAUUUUAUAACCCCAUAAAAAUAUAGUAUAACUCCCAUUCCAUAUGAUCAUUGCCUUUCACAUUUCACUGCCAUUAUAUUGAUAACAAUUAUUUAUAUUAAUUUUAAUUAUUAAAUGGAAUUCAAUGAAAUUCAUAUUAGGAAAUUUCUAUACUAUUCUCCAAAUUUCCUCCAAGUUUGGGUCAAAUUGAAUGCGCAGUUUUCAAACUAUAGGCUUGCCAAAUAAUACGUUUGCUGAUCCGAAAGCGAAAGUAUUUUUGCUAGGAGAAGUGGAUAGAAUUAGAAUGGAGAUCAUACCUACUUGAUUAUAUGUUUACCAAUCCCUAACUUUCCUCCAAAUUUGAGCCAAAUCGAACAUCAGUUUUAGAGAUAUAUGCGUAUCAAGGAAAACACGUUUGCGCAUAUGUAAGAAAAAUUAGUGGGCAGAAUUCAACAGAAUUGACAUUACGUUUUCACCAUUACCUACCUUUUAUCUAACUUUCAGCCAAAUCAAACGAGCCCUUUCUGAAACAUUGGCAUAUCUAAAAAAAUACGUUUGCGCCUGCGUAAACGGAAGUGCUAGAUAAAAUUGAUAUGGAACCAUCUAGGCACCAAUUUGCAUAAGCCAUGAAAAUCGGAUGAAUGGUACUAGGUGAAAUACUCCUCGCAUUGAUUUGAUUACAUACAGACACCGAAUCAAAUUGGAUCCUUGAUGUCUGAAACGUAAAACACGAGUGGAAAUUUUUGAUUCUGAGCACGAAUUUGUUUUUAACCUCUCGCACGAACACAAUGCUUCCCUACCCUCGGUAUAGAGGAAGAAAGAAAAAAAAAACAUUACGAGUAUGCCAACAACUUGUAUUUUUAGUUUUCUCUGAAAGUGGUAAGAAAAGUAGUGUGACACGCCACAAACAUUUGAUUCGUAACUAUUAGUAAAUAAAAAACCAUUGUGUAAUAAUUUGAAGUGUUUUACACCACUGUCUAAAAGAAUAAGUAUUAGGAUAAGGAUGAUAAAUUGGGUUGACUAAUUUAACAUCAAUGAUUGGUCUUCGUAAUAUAUUAAAAUGCUUCUCACCUGCAAACUGAAAAUUACUGUAAUCGUUGUUUGGUUUAAAUCAUUCAUUGACGAGUACGCAUCUUGACCAUUACCCGUGGAUUUUAUCGCUUUCCAAAUCUUUAUAUCGCUUUUCUAUUAUCAGAUAAAGUAAACUACCUGAUAAUAUUUAAUCUUUAAUUGUGGUUCUACAUUUAUGUGCAGGUUCUGAGAAUUUGCUGAAAACCUUUUAUAUCUAAAGUUCCACAAAAUGGCUAACCGUCCGAAGGUAUUGGUUUGUCGACCAGAUUUUCCAGAAGGUGGAAUUAAAUUACUCAGGGAUAGGUGUGAUGUUGAAAUUUAUAAUUCAGAGAAUGAGAUUCCUGAUGAAGUGUUAUUAAAAAAGAUGGUUGGAAAAGAUGCGUUAUUUGUAUCUGGAAGAAAAAGAAUAACAAAGGAGGUCAUUGAAUCUGCUGCCAAAAAUGGAGUGAAAGUGAUUUGUUCAAUGUCCAUUGGGCUUGACCAUAUUGACUUAGAGGCGUUAAAAAGAACUUCUAUUAAACUUGGUCACACUCCCCAAGUAUUCGAAUCAACUGCCGAACACACCGUUGCUUUAUUACUUGCUACAUCCAGGCGUGUUGUGGAAGGACACCAGCUAAUUCUUAGAGGCGAAUGGAAAAUGUGGACUCCUACAUUCAUGUGCGGUCGAGGCCUUUAUAAAUCAAUAGUUGGCUUUGUGGGAUUUGGUCGAAUUGGACAGUCAGUAGCGAAAAAACUGAUAACAUUUGGAAUAUCAAAAAUUCUUUACUCAGGUCCCAGAAGAAAACUUGAAGGUGAUCAAUUAGGGGCAGAAUACAUAGACCUCGAUAAUCUACUUCGACAAAGUGAUUUCGUUAUCGUUGCCUGUCCUUUGACACCUGAAACGGAAGGUAUGUUUACUGCUGAGAAAUUCUCAUUGAUGAAGCGUUCUGCAAUUUUUAUAAAUACUACUAGAGGAGCAAUAGUUGAUCACGAAGCUCUUGUGCAUGCUCUCAAAAAUAAAAUUAUUGCUGCCGCUGGCUUAGACGUAAUGGAUCCUGAACCUUUACCAAUAGAUCAUCCUCUCAUAGGCCUUGAUAAUUGUGUUCUUACCCCACAUAUUGGAAGUGCUACUUAUGGAACUAGGGAUGUAAUGUGCAUAAUAACAGCUAAAAAUAUCAUUGCAGCAUUGCAUGGUCCCUUAAAAUGUCUAACCGUCCAAAAGUAUUCAUUUGUAGAUCAGAUUAUCCAGAAGCUGGUAUUAAAUUGCUCAGAGACAGGUGUGAGAUUGAAGUUUACAAUUCUUUGGAGAAAGAUGUUCCUACUGAUGAAUUAUUGAACAAGUUGGUUGGAAAAGAUGCAUUAUUUAUAUCUUCAAAAAAUAAAAUAAAUAAAGAGGUCAUUGAAGCUGCUGCUAAAAAUGGAGUGAAAGUAAUUGCUACAAUGUCAGUUGGGCUUGACCAUAUUGACUUGGGAGAAAUUAAAAGAACUUCUAUAAAAAUAGGAUAUACACCUGAUGUUUUGACAGAAGCAACUGCUGAACUCACUGUUGCUUUGUUAUUGGCUACAUCAAGACGCGUUGUCGAAGGACAUAAAACAAUUGUUAGUGGUGAAUGGAAAAUGUGGACUCCUACAUUCAUGUGCGGUCGAGGUCUUUAUAAAUCAAUAGUCGGAUUUGUGGGAUUGGGUCGAAUCGGACAAUCAAUAGCUAAAAAACUUAUACCAUUCGGACCAUCUAAAAUUCUUUACUCAGGUCCUAGAAGAAAACUUGAAGGUGAUCAAUUAGGGGCAGAAUUCGUAGACUUUGAUAGUUUACUACGGCAAAGUGAUUUUGUCAUUGUUAUGUGCCCUUUAACAUCUGAAACUGAAGCAAUAGUUGAUCAAGAAUCUCUUGUACAUGCCCUCAAGAAUAAAAUUAUUGCUGCUGCUGGCUUAGAUGUAAUGACUCCUGAACCUUUACCUAAAGACCAUCCUCUUGUAAGCCUUGAUAAUUGUGGUGGGUAA